GGGACCGCUGCGUCCCAGGCUGGAGACUUGAGACAACCGUGUGCACAAGGAGUACGUGUAGAUGUGUGUACUACUUCUAGGGACAAGCUCGUAGCCGCCAUACUGAUCCUGUUGUGCAUAAUCGCCGUCAUCUUCCUCAUUGUCCUGGCGGUCAUCGUGUUUUGGAGGAAAACAGAAACGAUCGACGCGGCUACAGAAACCGAACCGUAUCUUUUUCCGCUUGUAAACCUCACGUCAAGCGUUUCAGCUGCGAGCACGGCAGGCACAACAAGGGCGUUACCACCAGCUACUACACGAGCUCCAUCAACCACUCCUACAACAAUGACGACGGCCACCACGGAAACCACCAUGAUGACGACAACCACCGAAACGACGACGAUCAUAACUACGAUCAGCAACACAACGACAACACCAAAGUGUGACAUAUAUGAUAUAGUACCACCAUGCAACUUGACCAUCCUCCGCAAACCUACGAGGUACACUAUAACUUCACCAGGAUAUGGAGCGGGUCAUUACAACAGCAACCUCUGCUACCGAAAAUGCUUCGAGGGAUACGGGUGCUUUCUGAAAAUUAAUACGAUCUCCUUCAAUAUGGAACCCCGCGGCCCCGAUGGAGUGUGCAAAGACUACUUCGAGCUUCGAAACUCUGGGACUGGAAUUCCGGGAUCCGGUGCCCACAUCGGCCCCGUCUGUGGAACCGAGGGUAUAAGCGCUGACGCAGGCGAGAGUGGUAGGAUAGUAACUCUAUUUCGCAGUAACGAGAAAAUUGAAGAAGCGGGAUACAAGCUGGAAUUUGUUUUCUACGCCAAACCACCGGACCGGUGCGGCUAUUAGAGGGUGGCGGCACAACGGCAAAGGUCAGUUCCACACCGCAACAGUCCGACGAGGCUUACCUGCAACGGCAACGACGAGGCUGGCUUUAAUGCUUGAACUCUACGGAUGAUUCCAACUUUUUACGUUUCUGUAUUUCCAAGUUAUUAGCAUACGAUAACGCGAUUGCAUGGGAUGUCUGCAAUGAUAUACGUCGGUUUGAUUUCGC